AGGUGAUCAAUAAACUGAUGACAAGGACUUGCUAAACGGAUUAACCUGGACUGCCUUUUGUUUUGUGCAGAAAUAAUCAAAAAGGAUAUUACUAAAAGAACAUAGCAAUGGAGUGGAGGAUUGUAGUACCUAUUCUGUGCCUAAUUGCCUUUACUGAAGUAACUGCAAACGCCAAUCAAACGGCAAGCACCAAUCAAACGGCAAGCGCCAAUCAAACUGCAAACGCCAAUCAAACGGAAAGCGCCAAUCAAACGGCAAGCGCCAAUCAAACGGCAAGCGCCAAUCAAACGGCAAGCGCCAAUCAAACUGCAAACGCCAAUCAAACGGCAAGCGCCAAUCAAACUGCAAACGCCAAUCAAACGGCAAGCGCCAAUCAUACGGCAAGCACCACUCAAACUGCAAACACCAAUCAAACGGCAAGCACCAAUCAAACGGCAAGCGCCAAUCAAACGGCAAGCACCAAUCAAACUGCAAACGCCAAUCAAACGGCAAGCACCAAUCAAACUGCAAACGCCAAUCAAACGGCAAGCACCAAUCAAACUGCAAGCACCAAUCAAACUGCAAACGCCAAUCAAACGGCAAGCACCAAUCAAACUGCAAGCACCAGUCAAACUAUGGCUACAGCAGCUACACCAACAGUCUCCACACCUGCUAAACUUGCAACAGUUAAUAUAGUAUUCAAAAUCAAUCAAGAGUUCAAGGACAGCUACUCCAAUCUUAAUGCUCCUGAGACUAUAAAGCUGACAGAGGACAUCACCAAUGCGUUUACUCCAAUUUACAAGAGACGUUUUACAAACUUCUUCCGCAUGAGGAUUCGAAGAUUCAGUCGGGGCUCCGUUGUGGCAGAUUCUGUCUUGGAGUUUGACAACACAAACAACACCAGUCCUAAUGUGACGGAAGUGACAAGCACCUUUACUGAUGCAAUUAAUACAGCAAAUUUCAGCUUUAAAGUUGAUAACACAUCCAUCAAUGCUACUGAUAUCACAGCCAAUGAAACAAAUGUGACAGCUACAGCCAAUACUUCAACUACGACUCAAGCUGCAACAACCUCAGUAAGCGUUGAAGCGUUUAACUUAACCUUCAAAAUGAUGGGAAACUUCACAAAUGACCUAUCAGAUAUGUCCACUCCUGCAGCCAUUAAUCUGACAAACACUGUCAUUGAUCAGCUUAAUAUAGUUUUCCAAAAUAUUACGGGCCACAGGCGCACAUUUGUCCGGCGGUUCAGCAAUGGCUCCAUUGUACCAGACGUUGGACUUGAAUUCAACAAAGUCUCUAGUCCUACUGCAGAAAACCUGGCUAAAGCUCUUGCUGAUUCUGUAAGAAAUGGAACAGUCAAAUUGCCAAUUGAUCCAACAACUAUCAAAGUUACAGACUCCACAGGAGCCACUGAAACAAAUGUGACAGCUACAGCCAAUACUUCAACUACGACUCAAGCUGCAACAACCUCAGUAAGCGUUGAAGCGUUUAACUUAACCUUCAAAAUGACGGGAAACUUCACAAAUGACCUAUCAGAUAUGUCCACUCCUGCAGCCAUUAAUCUGACAAACACUGUCAUUGAUGAGCUUAAUAUAGUUUUCAAAAAUUUACGGGCCACAGGCGCACAUUUGUCCGGCGGUUCAGCAAUGGCUCCAUUGUACCAGACGUUGGACUUGAAUUCAACAAAGUCUCUAGUCCUACUGCAGCAAACCUGGCUAACGCUCUUGCUGCUGCCAUAUAGUUUUCAAAAAUUUACGGGCCACAGGCGCACAUUUGUCCGGCGGUUCAGCAAUGGCUCCAUUGUACCAGACGUUGGACUUGAAUUCAACAAAGUCUCUAGUCCUACUGCAGAAAACCUGGCUAAAGCUCUUGCUGAUUCUGUAAGAAAUGGAACAGUCAAAUUGCCAAUUGAUCCAACAACUAUCAAAGUUACAGACUCCACAGGAGCCACUGAAACAAAUGUGACAGCUACAGCCAAUACUUCAACUACGACUCAAGCUGCAACAACCUCAGUAAGCGUUGAAGCGUUUAACUUAACCUUCAAAAUGAUGGGAAUCUUCACAAAUGACCUAUCAGAUAUGUCCACUCCUGCAGCCAUUAAUCUGGCAAACACUGUCAUUGAUCAGCUUAAUAUAGUUUUCAAAAAAUUUACGGGCCACAGGCGCACAUUUGUCCGGCGGUUCAGCAAUGGCUCCAUUGUAUCAGACGUUGGACUUGAAUUCAACAAAGUCUCUAGUCCUACUGCAGAAAACCUGGCUAACGCUCUUGCUGAUGCCGUAAGAAAUGGAGCUGUCAAAUUGCCAAUUGUUCCAACAACUAUCAAAGUUACAGACUCCACAGGAGCCACUGCUAACAAGUCUCCAGUCUUGGCUAGUAUGCUCACAGCUUUCUGGAUGACCCUAGCAUCACUUCUGUUGUCAGCUGUGAUGCACUAAGCAUCACCUUCACACAUAAAAUCAUGCUACUGCAAAAUGAUUGUGCCAUUUUUUUUUUUUUUUUUUUUAUUUAUUUUGGUCGCAUUAAGAAUCGGCAAGUCACAAAGCAAAACAAGCCAAGUUAUGAUCUAGCUGUAACAUUUACUAGUCUUUCUUGCCACAUAUAGAGCCUGGUGAUACGUAUGGUAUGUGUGAUUUUUAUGGUAUUUUUGUUUCUGAUUUACACAAAGCACAUUGUUUAUGUGUACACUGAGCUGGAGAAAUAAUGAGGAUUGGUUUAUUGAAACCAAAUCUGAACAUUUCUCUAUGCCACAGGAAUGGCACAAGUGAAAGUUACCUAUAGAGCUAUUAUGUUGAAAUCCAAAACUGAGAUUGUUUUAAUCUUUUGAAAAUGGAUUGAACAAAUAUUUUUAACAAUGUAUUAGUCAGAUUCUGAAGAUAUGAAAUCUAUGUAUUUAAUCUUUAAGCAUAUGAAAGAUGUUCUAAUAAAUGCUCUGUAUUAUGUUUUAUGAAGUACUAAUAUUUAAUAAAAUAAAGGGGGAAUCCUGUUCCGUUUGUAAAUUCAGUGCUGCAAAAACUUUACAAAUAAAGACUGUAUCUAAAUUAA